AAGUAGGUACCUACUCAUUUUGAUAUGUAUUGAUUUCUUUUAAUGGCGAAGUGUAGUUAGUAACUGAGUAUUGAGUCUCUUAAAAUUGUUAGUGAUUUUUAAUGUUUUAAAAUGAAUCGAGAUAAAAAUAAAAAAGUGGAGGUGAUGGCCGAGUUGGAGUCACAGUUUAUUCUUCGUUUACCAGAAGAACCUUCAAAAGCUUUAAGAGAAUUGCUUAGAACUGGUGAUAAUAUUAAAAAUCGUCUGACCAUCCAAAUCGAAAACGACAUGAGACAUGGUGAGGUACGAUUCGACCACUGGCUCAUGCACGCCAAGAUUUUUGAUUUACCUACCAUAACUGAAUCUCUUAAGACAAUCGAUAACAAAAGCUUUUACAAAACGGCGGACAUUUGCCAGAUGAUGAUAUGCAAAGAAGAAGCUGAUCAAACACCAUCGGAGGAAGAGUCACCUACGAAAAAUAAAAAGAAGGACCCAUACAAAGUCGAUAAAAAGUUUUUGUGGCCACAUGGGAUUACUCCACCUACAAAAAAUGUGAGAAAGAGACGGUUCAGGAAAACUUUAAAGAAAAAGUAUGUCGAAGCACCUGAAAUUGAAAAGGAAGUGAAGAGGCUGUUACGUACUGAUAAUGAAGCUGUCAGUGUAACUUGGGAGGUGAUUAAUGAGGAUGACGAGCAACUUCUAAAACAAGAUACUGUUACUCCAGCACCCCCGCAAAAACCAGAGAAGAAGACUAAAGCUAUGAAGAAAGCAGAAAAACAAGCUGCUGCUGCUGCGGCUGCGGCAGCUGCCACAGCAGCAGCUUCAGCUGCCGCUGCAGCAGCAGCUGCUGCUGUUGCAGUUAAAACUGCACCAGUAACAUCAACAGUCACUUCAGCAGUCUCAUCAACAACAACAUCAGUCGCCCCAACGGAAACAGCAACAACAACUGCAGAUAUUUCGAAUACUGAAUCCUCCAAUGUUGUUGAUAUAUUUGGUGGCGCUCUUAGUGACAGUGAUAUUGAAGAUGGUAAUAUUAAUGUUGAGUUGGAAGAUAGUCAUCUGACCGCCUUUGAUAGUCGACUAUCUGAUAACUGCUCAAUGCCUGGACUUGGCGAUACUCAUAAGAGAGAUACUUAUCCUAUCGAAUUUGAGUCACAGAUGUUCCAGUCCUCACACAGCGGUCACAGCAAGAAGAAGUCUAACAAAAGUCGCACAACUAUACCAGCAACAUCAACUGUAACGAGAAGCAGUGGAUUGUCAUCGGAAGAAGAUGGAGACUAUCAGUCCCGAGAUAUGUCUAAAGAUAACAUGACCUUUAGAAUUGAACAAUUAAGAACUGAGUUAGAAGAGUUGAAGCAGCGUAGACAACGAACCCAACAUGAAAUUGCAGGUAUGGAAAACUUAGCCUUGAGGCAACGUUUCCAAGAUAUUUUACACACAUUGAAUCAAGAUGUUAUGUAUAAGGAGAUGGAAUAUCAAGGCCUUAUAACAUUGCAGAACUCUGAAGAUAUUUGAGGAACGUAUUUUAUCUAAAUUUAAAGAGUAUACUGUUAUUACUCUUUCAAUUUGGAUAAAAUACUGAAAUUGAUUUUUAUUAUUUAUGUGUUUAUGAUUUUUUAUUAUUUUGAUAAAUUAUUUUUGUGAAGUGGAAAAUCUUUUAAGGAAUAGUUUGUUCUGAAAGACAAACCAAAGACAGAGACUUAAUAUACUUUUAGUAGUGUAAUUUUACUGCUUUUGUAUUAAAUUUAAGUUAAAUAAUAUACCCAUAUUUUAAAAAAACUACAUA